AUGUUACUAUUUGUAGGUAAAAAGGUCCAACGGAGUCAAUCAAAACCUUUGAGAAUUCCUUUGCCCCACCGUUCCGGGUCAGAGGGUUACAAUGCAGCUUUUGUCAAGGAAAUACAGUCUCCACGUUUCCAGGCUAUUCUGCGUCUAACAAGUGGUCGCAAAAAGAGAGCACCAGAAAUUAAGAGCUUCUCUCAUGAACUCAAUUCAAAAGGUGUCCGACCAUUUCCUUUCUGGAAAUCUCGUGCUGUUGGUCGUGUGGAGGAGAUUAUGCUGAUAAUUCGGUCAAAAUUUGAUAAAUUAAAGGAAGAGGUGAAUGCUGACUUGGGUAUCUUUGCUGGGGAUUUGGUGAGUAUACUUGAGAAGACUUCAGAAUCUAAUCAUGAAUGUAAAGAAGGUUUGGAGGAUUUGUUAGUUAUAGCCAGGCAGUGCGCAAAGAUGUCACCCAAUGAAUUUUGGUUAAAUUGUGAAAGCAUUGUACAGAAUCUAGAUGAUCGCCGUCAAGAACUACCCAUGGGAACUCUCAAGCAAGGGCAUACACGCCUCUUAUUUAUUCUCAGCCGUUGCACUCGGCUUGUUCAGUUUCAAAAGGAGAGUGGUUAUGGAGAAGAUCACAUUCUGCCUUCACACCAACUUAGUGACCUCGGUGUCUACCCUGAAGGUGUUCUUGGGGCAUCACAGGGUUGGAAAGAAACUGAUGAAAGACAAACUUACGAAGUCCAUGAACAGGACCAAAAUAAUACAAAUGCCAAACAAGACCAUGUAAUUGAAGAGGUUAGCACUGCAAAGAGUGCUGCUUCAUCCACAGGAAGCUAUAGGAUGUCAUCUUGGAAAAAACUUCCAUCUCCAGUUGAGAAAAACCGGAAAUUCCAUGACAUUGUUGAUGCCCCUUCUAAGGAUAAAUCUGAUGAACUGCAACAGAAAGAAGAAAUGGAUAGUGCUGAAAAUCUUGAUACUCCAGUCUAUCAGCCUGAACAGUCAGAAGAUUCCUUAAAGGUAGGUCAAAUAACAUGGGGAGUGUGGGAUCAACACCAAAUGGCAUACGAGGAUUUAUUGAUAUGCCGUAUAUGUGAAGUUGAAAUACCAACAAUUCAUGUUGAACAUCACUCUAGAAUUUGUACAAUUGCAGAUAGAUGUGAUUUAAAAGGAUUACCCGUAAAUGAACGGCUUGAAAGAGUUGCAAAGACCCUUGAAAGAAUACUUGAAUCAUGGACACCAAAAAGCACAAGCACUGGGUUGGAAAGUCCUGAAGUGGCAAGAGUGUCUAUGGCCAGUUUACCAAAAGAGUUGGAUGAGUUGUCACCAGAGCGUAACAGCUUGUCUUUCCAAUGUUAUGAAGGCAUGUUGGAUUGCAUUUAUGAGGCUGAUAACUCUUCUCCCUUGGAUGAUCUCCACUAUUGUCCUCAAGUAUCAUGUGAAAAUUUUACCUCUAUACCUGAUCAUAUUAAGAAAACCUUAUCACCAUUGACACCUCGAUCACCUUUAGUAACACCACGGACAAGCCAAAUAGAGCUUCUGCUGAGUGGACGGAAAACAAUAUCUGAAUUUGAAAGUUAUCAGCAGAUUCAUAAGCUGUUGGAUAUUGCUCGAUCUGUAUCCAUUGUCAACAAUAAUAACUACACUACCUUGGAGUAUAUGCUCGAGCGUUUAGAAGACCUCAAAUAUGCGAUUCAGGAUAGGAAGGUGGAUGCUCUUGUCGUUGAGACAUUUGGGAGACGCAUAGAGAAACUAUUGCAGGAGAAAUAUGUACUUCUAUGUGGGCAGAUAGAUGAUGAAAAGGCGGAGUUAUCAAAUACCAUGGCUGAUGAUGAUAGUAAAAUGGAAGAUGAUAUAGUUCGUAGUUUGCGUGCAAGCCCCAUUGUUCCAUGUACUAAGGAUCGAACAUCUAUUGAAGAUUUUGAAAUAAUUAAACCUAUAAGCAGAGGUGCUUUUGGACGAGUUUUUCUGGCCAGGAAAAGGGCAACUGGUGAUUUAUUUGCUAUAAAGGUUUUGAAGAAGGCUGAUAUGAUUCGCAAAAAUGCAGUAGAAAGUAUCUUAGCUGAACGUGAUAUUUUAAUAUCAGUUCGCAAUCCUUUUGUGGUCCGGUUUUUCUAUUCUUUCACAUGUAGGGAAAAUCUAUAUUUGGUUAUGGAGUACUUAAAUGGAGGAGAUCUUUUCUCUUUGCUGAGGAACCUAGGCUGCUUGGAGGAAGAUAUGACACGCAUAUAUAUUGCAGAAGUUGUUCUUGCUUUAGAGUAUCUGCACUCAUUAAAUGUCAUUCAUAGAGACUUGAAGCCAGACAACUUAUUGAUAGGAUCCUUUAUACAGAUUAAGAUGCUUACAUUUAUUGUACUCUACUUGGCUCUUGUUCGCCCUCAUGUAACAACUCUGUCCACAUCAGCACGCACUGUUAGCACAAUUGUGUUGCUGCCCACUCCUUCUCAAUUCUUCUUGGUCCUUGUAGAAUCAAUUAAUACUGCCAUAAGUUCAGGAUCCAACCCUCCAAAGCCGCAUUCCUCAAUGUAUAAGGAAAUAAAUGCAGUUUGCAUCUUUCUAACAAUUUUUGGAAAAUUUGGAGAUAUGUGUGCAGUUCUGCCUGAGUCGGCUGUACAGGAACAGGAUUAUUUUGAUCGUCAGCUAUCUGAUGUUUCUAUUUUUGUUUGUAUACUUUGA